CCCCUCCGUGGUUGCCUAGCAGCGGGACGCUGUAGACGGCGGAGCGGUUGGUGAAGGCACCAUGGCGCCCAAGAAGAAGAAGGGAAAAGGGAGCGCGACCGGGAAGAAAAAGAAGGAGAAGAAGGCGGAGGAGAGGAGCAGAGUGGAGCCCGUCACCGAGGAGAGCAAGGAGUUCUACCAACUCCAGAUCCGGGACCUGGAGGGCCGCCUGGAGAGGUAUCAGAACAAAUGGGAUGAAAUUUGUGCAAAGGAUAGCCAAUUCCAGGCACAGUUCGAUCAACUCUCCAGUGACAAGAAGGAGAUUGUGUCUUUCCUCAAGACAACCCUCAACCAGCGUAUGGAUGAAAUUGCUGACCUCAACGAUCAGCUGACUGGACUACAAGAGGCCAAAGAUGCCGAGAAAGAAGCUUACGAGGCCCAGCUGGGUCAGGUACGGAGUGAGUCCCAGGAGAAAACGGACCGUCUUACUUCAGAGAACAUGCUUCUGGCCGGUAAAUUGGCUUCCUUGGAAGAGUUCAGGGUGCAGAAAGAGGAGCUGAUGGCCAAAUUUGCUGCAUUGGAAGAAAAGUUAAGAUCUCAGGACGAAGAACGUAAACAGAUGAUGUACGAUCUGGAGAAGAAGGCAGUGCUGGAUAAGGACAGGUUAAAGAAGGAAAUGGUCCAGCGGGUGAAUACUGUGGCAGCGGAAUUCCGCCGGGUGUCCAACAACCAGAUGGCGGAGACUACAAAGCGAGCGAUCCGCGAGAAUGUGGCUAUUGGUUCCCAGCUGGCCAAGAUGUCAGAUAAGAGCAUGGAGCUGAUCAAUGAGAACGACCUUCUGAAAGAGCGAGAAUCGGAACUCCACAAACAGCUGGUGAUGCUGGAGGAGAAUGAGAAGGAGCUGGUGAAGAAAAGUCUCAGCAACCAAAAGGUCAUCCGCAUGUUAACUGAAAAGUGCCAACAACAGCAGGUGAUGUUGGACAUAGCCAAUCAGAAGGAACAUGAGCUACUUGAGCUGCACGAAGUCCAUCAGAGCCUGCAGGAGGAGGCAGAAACCCUCAGACAGAGAAUGUUCCACCUGGAAGAAGAGGUGCAGAGACUGAUUGCAGAGAAGGACAAUGUGAUUGGUGAGCUGGAAGAGGAAAAGAAAACAAGACAAACGGUAGAGAGGGUCCUGAGGGAGGCUGCCUCAUCCCUGAAGGAUGUGCUUAUGGAGACAUCCAAAAUUGAGGGGGAUGACCCAGAAUCGACAUUAUUAGUAACACAAAACCAACUUUUGGAGAAACUCUGGGUGAUACUCAACAGUGCUGCCACAUUAGGGCUUGGUCCAGCCUUAGAUGACUUCCAGAGCAGAGAUAACCAAUCUACGGACCUUCACAUUACACCUAAAGCCAACAGGCAUCUUGUGUCCCCCACUUUGAAAGGCCCAGGCGUCAGUCCUCAUUACCGGAUAGGAGAUCUGGGACUAGUACCGAGACAAGACACCACUGGCGGGGUGAUCAGCAGAAUUGGAAUGCUUUCUAGAACCACAAGACUUGGGCCUAUACAAGCCUAUCCAGGCAUUGGAAGGGACCGGCUAUCAAUAAGUCAAGAGGACAGACUACCCAAGCAAAGUGCCUUACCAGGAAUAUCGUCCACAUCUGGCAGCAAGCCGAUUCUGAUAUAAUUUUGAUAGACGUACAAUAAAUAAGCUCGUUGGGAAUUAAAGAUACAGUGACGGAU